AUGUUCACAGUAGAGGAACACGGGGCGCUCAUGCUCGUCGGUAGGUCUCUUGUGGCGGACCUCUCUAUUUCUACUGAAGCGUCGAAGCAAGCCCGAUUAUUUCAACAAGAUUUAGAAGUUACGGUGCGGGCUUGCUGCUGCAAGCCGGUAACCACUAGGUACUGGAUCGACACAAUGGCCAAAGCGCACCCGUGCGGAGCUCCUUCGAGAACAAGCGUGUACGUAGCGGGAACGGGAUCGACGGACCAAGCGCUCAACUCUCAGUACGACGGUAGUCACGAU